AUGAGUGACAGCAUUCAUAGUGAUGGGGUGACAAGUGGCUCAUUGACGAUGUGAGUCUCGCUGGACAUUUCGAAGUGAGAAAUGCGACGUUGAGGUCUUUUCACAUUGACUCUUCCACUGCUCUUGCAGUCUUGCUCACCCUGAGAGUGACUGCGAGCUGGUGGCUUCAACGACGAGUGCUACACAAGCUAUACAUCACAGGACCUUUGACACUGUGUACCCCUUUCUCGCGGCACAGACGGAGAAAUGCUGCAAGUUGCACAAGAGGGUGAGAACACGACACGAGAGUCCCUUCCGUUAA